UGCGGCUGCCGGAAAGGAGCGGAGCCUCCAGGGAAGCCGGUUCCCGUCAGGGUGAUGCUGCGCGCUCGCGGGGCCCCGCGCCCGGUCCCGGGCCUGCCGAGCAGAACAGGAGAGCUCUAACUCCAUGAAGACCCCAGCCCAGGUUCUGUCAUUGUGUGUGACAAGCACCGACUCCCACAGCAUUGCCUGGCCACGGGCCUUUCACUAUGGGGAGGAUCGGCAUUUCCUGUCUUUUCCCUGCUUCCUGGCAUUUUAGCAUCUCUCCAGCAGGCUGUCCUCGAAUUCUAAAUACCAAUUUACGCCAAAUUAUCGUCAUUAGCACCCUGGCGGCUGCUGUCUCACUUUUAUACUUUUCUGUUGUCAUCAUCCGCAAUAAGUAUGGGCGGCUAUCCAGAGACAAGAAAUUUCAAAGGUACCUGGCCCGAGUCACUGAUAUUGAAGCUACAGACACCAACAACCCCAACGUGAACUAUGGUGUCGUGGUGGACUGUGGCAGCAGCGGGUCUCGGAUAUUUGUCUAUUGCUGGCCGCGGCAUAAUGGCAAUCCUCAUGAUCUGCUGGACAUCAGACAGAUGAGAGACAAAAACCGAAAGCCGGUGGUGAUGAAAAUUAAACCCGGCAUCUCAGAGUUCGCUACCUCUCCCGAAAAAGUCAGCGAUUACAUAUCUCCACUUCUGAGCUUUGCUGCGGAGCACGUGCCACGGGCAAAACACAAAGAGACCCCUCUCUACAUCCUCUGCACAGCUGGAAUGCGUGUCCUUCCUGAAAGCCAGCAGAAAGCCAUCCUGGAAGACCUUCUGACUGAUAUCCCCGUGCAUUAUGACUUUCUCUUUUCUGACUCCCAUGCUGAAGUCAUUUCAGGGAAGCAAGAAGGUGUGUAUGCUUGGAUCGGCAUUAAUUUUGUCCUUGGACGGUUUGAGCAUAUCGAAGAGGACGACGAGGCCGUUGUGGAAGUUAACAUUCCGGGUAGUGAGAGCAGCGAGGCCAUCAUCCGCAAAAGAACAGCGGGUAUUCUCGACAUGGGAGGCGUGUCCACCCAGAUAGCAUAUGAAGUCCCCCAAACCGUAAGCUUUGCCUCCUCACAGCAGGAGGAAGUAGCUAAAAACUUACUAGCCGAAUUUAACUUGGGAUGUGAUGUUCACCAAACUGAGCAUGCGUACCGAGUCUACGUGGCCACAUUUCUUGGCUUUGGUGGUAAUGCUGCCCGGCAGAGGUAUGAAGACAGAAUCUUUGCCAGCACAGUUCAGAAGAACAGGCUUCUUGGUAAACAGACUGGUCUGACUGCUGACGCCCCAUACCUGGACCCCUGUUUGCCCCUGGAUAUUAAGGAUGAGAUCCAGCAAAAUGGGCAGACCCUGUACCUGCGAGGGACAGGAGACUUUGACCUGUGUCGAGAGACCCUCCAACCUUUCAUGAACAAGACCAAUGAGACGCACACUUCUCUCAGUGGGGUCUAUCAGCCCCCAAUUCACUUCCAGAACAGUGAAUUCUAUGGCUUCUCGGAGUUCUACUACUGCACUGAGGAUGUCCUGCGAAUGGGGGGCGACUACAGUGCUGCUAAGUUCACGAAGGCUGCAAAGGAUUAUUGUGCGACGAAGUGGUCGAUCCUGCGGGAGCGCUUUGACCGUGGACUCUAUGCCUCGCAUGCGGACCUCCACCGGCUUAAGUAUCAGUGCUUCAAGUCAGCCUGGAUGUUCGAGGUGCUGCACCGGGGCUUCUCCUUCCCGGUCACAUACCGAACCCUGAAGACGGCCUUGCAGGUGUAUGACAAGGAAGUGCAAUGGACCCUGGGUGCCAUCCUUUACAGGACCCGCUUCUUGCCCUUGAGAGACAUCCAGCAGGAGGUUUUCCGGGCCAGCCACGCACACUGGAGGGGCGUGUCCUUUGUCUACAAUCACUACCUGUUCUCUGGCUGCUUCCUGGUGGUCCUGCUGGCCAUCCUGCUGUACCUGUUGCGGUUGCGCCGCAUCCACCGGAGGGCGCCGCGCGGAGGCCCGCUGUGGAUGGAGGAGGGCCUGCCCGCCCAGAAGGGCCCCGUCCCCUCGUGAGCCCUGACUCCGCUCCGGGAUGCUGCUCUUCGGGAAAAGCCAUUUUUGCCUCAGGGUUUCUCUGUAUGCUUGGACAGUUUUGUUUCUCCCAUUCUUUACGUUAAAGCAAGUUCAUUGUAUGCCCUGUUUGGAGGCAUGGCCGUUUUCAAUACAGCUUUAAAAAUGGAGUAGGGAAAAGGGAAACUCACUUGAUCUGUGCUGCAAAGGGUAUGUGCCAAAAAUUAGUAAAAUUUUUGGUUUUCUUUAAGGUAUGCUAAAUUUUCGAUGAAUGCACUUUAAUACUGGGAAGAAGUCAAAAAGCUACGUUCUGUCAGUGUUGAUGGUACUUUUACAGAAGCAAAAAGCAAAUUAUAAUCUCCCGUCUUCUCUCAAAAGCUCCAACCUAACAGGAGUGAUUUUUUUUUGUUUUGUUUUUUUUAACGUGUUGCUCAGGGUGUCACUGUAUUUUCUUUGCAGAUUUAAAAAUUCAAAAUCAUCAGUUACCAAAAUUGAUUAAAAAAAACAAAACCAUGCACCCAAAGGGAAGGUUUGGUGUGAGGGACAAGGGCUGCGGGCCCAGGACGAGGGAUCUGGAAACACACACUUCUGACCUGACCCCUCUUGUCACUGGCUUAGGAAACUCCAUCGCCCUUCACUUCUCCUGACCACACAGUUACAGUCUUCAUGCUGUCUGACUGAAGUCAUAGAGCACUUUUAAAAUAGAAAAUUUCAUCAAGUUUCUCUGGUUCCACCUUUACCAGAACUAGAGCUGACAUCACCUGCAGGCGCCCCAGCACAUCUUAGGGUGCUAUCUGCCUGUUCAACUGAGCUCCCCUUGGCUUCCUCCACCUUCAAGUUGGUACAUCCCUGCAUCCUUGGCCAGGCUCCUUGUCACCACUCUGGGGGCUGUCAUUGUGCCACAGUAAAUCCACAGCAGGGGAGGACUCUGAUUUUAAUACAAGUGAGCUGACAUGUUGAGGAAAACAAAUUAGACAGUUUAAGCAAAAGCCUAAAAAGAAAAAAGAAAAAAAAAUUUUUUUUAAGCCUAAAAAGGACAGAAGCUUGGCAUACGUGAGGCCAGCAGAGGGCUUGUUCACUUGGUAUGUUUGCUUGGUUUUAGACUACUUAGUUUAGAAAUUUUUGUAAUUUUUAUACUUUUUUUUUUUAGAAGAUUUUUGUUUCUUUUUCCUCUCAUCCAGUGAUGAGAAAUUACCGGUGGAGAGUUAGAGGUGCCUGGUGUUCCAGCAGCCACCGUGUAGAACUUUCUCUGGAGGAGCAUGACCAGGACCGUGUCCUGUGGACGUGAGAGCCAGCUUCUGAAGAGCUGCCCGGCUGCUGCUGCAGGCCAGCCUCAGUGGGCCUGCUGUUGAGAUCCCAGCAGCGCCCCACGCAGGCCAGCUGUUCCCGGAAUCCUUAGGAGGGGUCUUUCCUGUUACACUUUGGCCCUUUUCCCUCCAGGCAGGUGGAAUAGCAAGGCCUUAGUAACCUGUGGAUGAAAAUCUGUACACGCCUAGAAUAUGGGGCCUCCUUGCCUCUGAAGUCAGGACAAGCAGAAUGAGAAAAGACUUUAGUUAGGAGUUCCUCUCCUGCAAUGAGAGGUGUUGGUUUGGUGCAGCCGUGUGCGGUCUGAGGGAUGGAAAGGAAGCAAGCCGUGCUUCCAUCCUACCGUGAGGAUCCCGGCUGCGAGGACCUACCUCACUCGCCACAGAAGGCCCCCAGCUAGGGUCCCACGGCCCUGCAGCUUCAAUAAGUGGUUUUUGGUUUUUGUUUUCUUUAAGGAUUGUUUUGGAAAAAAGGUAACUAGGCAUGGUGACACACCUGUAACCCAGUGUAAGGAGGCUGAGGCAAGAAGGUUGAGAAGGCCAGCUUGUACUGCAUAAUAAGAGCCUGUCACAAAAAAGAAAAUAGUGGAGGUGUAUACAACAGACUGCAAGGCCUAAAAUAUUUAUAAAUGUCCUUUAGAGAAAGUUUGCUACGUUGGUGUUUUGUUACUGUAACAAUUCCUGAGAUGAUCAACUUAUCAUGAAAAAGGGUUUAUUUUGGCUCAUGGCUUUAGAGGUUUCUGUCCUUGGCCACUUGCUGUUUGGGGCCUUGGAGCGGCAGUGCAUCAAGGCAGAAGCACAAAGCUCACGAACGAAUGGCGCCUGCCUGCCUCAGCCUAGAGCAAAAGCAAGAGGAGCGCGCCGGCCCCCCACACUCUCCUUCAGGAACACUCUCCCCACAGCCUGGAAACAUCUACCCCCACCUUUUAAAGGUUCUCCUACUUCCCCGUAAUGCCGAGCUGAGGCCCGAGCCUUGACCACACAGAUCUCUGGGGAACAUUCCAGAUCCAGGCUGUAUCACUGACCCUGUGAGAACAGUCUGACUGCACAAGGGAAAUACAGAUAGCAGGAGAAACAACCAAACAACAAUCUUAAAAUAAUUGUAGUACAGGUACCAGAAUUCCACUCACUUGCAUGGAGAUGGUUUUCAAGGUCAGCUUUCUGCCAGGUCAGGAAGCCCCUUCUUCCAAGCUUACCUGCUGAAAGUGCUCUUCGGGAGGCACAUUGGGUCGUGGUGAGGAGUUCUCAGACCUAACCGUUCCUGUUCACAAGGCCUGCUGACGUUCCUGUUCACAGAAGGCCGCACAGUGCUUUCUCUGAGUAACGUGGUCGAGGGGCGGGGCACGGAGCCAGAGCUGGCAUCACGCAGGGCAGCCAGGAAGCAGCGCACGGGCUGCAGUGGAGUGUGGGAGCAGCUGCUAGCAGCUUACUAAAGCUUAGUCAAGCACGUGGCUGUGAACCCUUGACUCCAGCAGCGUGUGCCUAUCCCGUAGCCCUCCUCCGAGUCGCUCUAUUUUAACUCUCAGGAUGAUCUGAGAGUUCAGGGGUGUCCUAGGAAAGGAUGGGCGUGGCUGUGCACCCUCGGGCUUUUCGCAUCUCGCCCUGAGCUGCUGCCACCCACCUCCAGGGUCACGCUGCAGUCCCCUCAGCCUUCACUGAUCCACUCGUGAAGAGCAGGUACUUAAACCCAGGCCUACCUAGGACAGUUUUCCUUACAAGAAGCGUGCUUCAGCAGGAAGCAAAAAAGGGCAAAUGUGUUUGCCAAGCUUUAAAACAAAAACAACUCAGCUUUAGAAUUCUGCUUAAUAAUGUGCAAUACAGCAAGACUGCUUUAAAGUAAAUUAUUGAUUUAUUUCCAUGUUUGUUUUUCUUGAUGUUAAGUGACAAGACCAACCUGGAAGAAGUCUUUGCUCUGAAAAUUCUGUUUGACAGUUAGGAAUGACAAAAACAAAAGGAGCAUCUUUCAUGUUUCCUAAGUGACGCUUUUCAUCACAGUGAGAAUGACUGUCUUGGGAGGCGACUGUGGUGUCAUCUUUCCACAUCAGGCAGCCUCUUGUUGCACACUUGGACAUGGAUGGGUGUCCAAAAAAAAAAAAACACCAAACAAUAAAUAAAGG